AUGACUGGGCACGGCUGGAGCAUGGCUGCGGGCUCCCUUGGCCGUCCUGCUCCAGGGCGACUGCUGCGAGGCGGCAGCUUUGGUGCUGGCGCGGGCCUCUGGCGAAGGCAAGGACUCAGUUGGUGGCUGAAGAAGCGCAGCGUCGAGUGCCUGGUCAUCGUGAUGCAGGCAGCCUUUUCCGACAGUUUGGCUGGUGCAGAGGCUGGAGAGAGACAUACCUGUGUGAUGAGUGCACAGGGGCAGUUGUUCUGCUUCGGGAACAACAGACAUGGUCAGUGCAGCGUGCCCGCAGACUUGGGGCCCGUUUUGUCGGUCUCUACAGGAAAGUCCCACACAUGUGCGGUACAGGUAAGUGGGCAGUUGAUCUGUUUCGGGGAAAAUGAAUAUGGCCAGUGCGAUGUGCCAGAAGACCUCGGAGCGGUCCUGGACGUCGCGGUAGGCAACUACCACACCUGUGCAAUUCAAACGGAUGGGCAAAUGACGUGCUUUGGCUCCGGCGAUGAUGGUCCGGUUCUGCUGCCCUCGGAUUUGGGGGCUGUUGCAAUGGUGUCGGCAGGCACCGCUCACACGUGCACAGUGACGGCCGACGGCGGGCUGGUGUGUUUCGGAGAUAACCGGUACGGUCAGUGCAACGUGCCAGAGACACUUGGCCUUGUGGUGGAGACCUCGGUCGGCUCGGCACACAGUUGCGCAGUGAAGGCGAACGGCCAAUUGGUAUGCUUUGGAGAUAACACGCAUGGCCAAUGUGACGUGCCAGAAGACAUGGGACCUGUCAAGGUCGUCUCUGCCGGUGCAGCACACACCUGCGCCGUAAGUGCCCGCACUGGGCAACUUGAAUGCUUCGGAGACAACAAAGAGGGCCAGUGCAAUGUGCCAAGGGACCUCGGGACGGUCGUGGCCGUGAGCGCCGGUGCUGGGCACACUUGUGCGGUUUGCGCCAGCGGGGAAGUGAUCUGCUUCGGCUCAAACGAUUGUGGGCAGCGUGACGUAUGGAGGGCAGAGGUGUUCCUUGGUACCGGUCGCCCUGCA